AUGGAAACAACCUCGGGCGAACAAGCGCCGGCGGGGAAGAAGGAGAAACGCUUCCACUGUGACCAUUGUGGUCGCAGCUUCGCGCGCCUGGAGCAUUUGCAACGCCAUGAGCGCAUCCGUAAUGACUUGCUCGUCCGACAUGAACGGUUGACCCACCAUAAGCACAAUCUCAACAACAAAGAUCAGCAACAUACAGUCGACGAAUAUGUUGUGCAAGAGCCACCGCAAAAACGUAUACGUACCAGCUUUGAUGCUGGCCGCCCAGUACCUGAAAUUCCCAGUAUGAUGUCUACCCCAGCACCUCUGAACAUGGACAUGCAACCGCCUCUGCAUCCUCAUCCGCCCCCGAUUGGACCUAUGCAUUACAGCCAGAACGAUGAAUUCUCUUUGGCAGCACUCUCCAUGGCGGCGGAGUACCAGUCUCUCCAGGGUACUCAAGCAACCAUGGGGAACGCCGACUCCCACCAUGCGGGUCCGCUGCCACUGCAAAACACUGUUUCGAGGACAAUUGAACAGCCUGUUGUACCUCAGACCACUGUCCACAUGAACGGGUCGCAGAUUGGCGGUCCCAGCCUAGGCGAAUCACUGGAUAGCCUAGCAGCCUUCUGGGACAAUGAACCGUUGGCCUCAUACCGAUUCUCGAGCAUCAUCAACACAGAACAACCUAUGCCAUUCUUCUCACCAGAGUCGCUUGGUUACGGAAACGAGUUCCUUCCAAACCCAAGUACACCUCUACCCUCGACGCUUGCACAUCAAACCCAAAAUGACGAGAACCAUACCUUCUCGCGUUUCGGUUCGAGGUUACCAUCGCUGCAACCCGAAGAUCUAGGGCAGCAUGACAGGCGCCGAGGUUUUGCGGAUAUAUCUCUGGACGAUCGACAGAAGAUUGUAGAGAAACUCGACGAAUUUUCUUCGAUACUCCCCAUGGACUUCAAGUUGCCCACUCGUUUGGCGUUUUGCAGAUACUUGGCUGCCUACAUCAACGGCUUUCAUGAGCACAUGCCCUUCUUGCAUAUCCCGACCAUGUCGAUUGACACCUGCAGCAUUGAACUGCUUCUCGCACUUGCGGCAGUGGGCGCCCAGUAUACUUUUGAAGGAGAGAAAGGGGUGGAGUUGUUUAACGUGAGCCGUACCAUAGCAACGCAACGCAUCCGCAGAAGAGACGCGCGCUUAGUCGAGUUACACCGUCGUGCUGAAUCGGACCGUUCUUCAUCACACGAGCCAGGUAACACAUCGCGGCCACGAAGUCCUGUCCGUGCUCCAUCGACUGUUGGCCCACUUGGUCUUCCAUCUGGUUCUGAUGUUGUACCGGUGGGAGAAGAUCUCAUGCAAACAGCGCAGGCUCUGUUGCUGCUUAUGGCUCUCUGUACUUGGGCCAAACACAAAGAGAUCUUACGGGAAGCUCUUGCAAUCCAGUCCAUUUUGGCCACUUUGAUUCGCGACGAUGGAUUAGAAAACGAACCGUUACGGCACGAUCUAUCCUGGGAGGAAUGGAUAAGACGCGAAACGAUCAAACGGACCAAGUUCAUCGUUUACGGCUUCUCGAAUCUGCACUGCAUCGUCUACAACAUUCCGCCCUUCUUACUCACUUCCGAAGUCAAAUUGACCCUCCCAUGCAGCGCUGCCGAGUUCAAAGCUCCGAACGAAACAGCUUGGCGAGAGGAGAAGAGCAAUGGCGCUCCAGAGAUAUUGUUCCAGGAUGCUCUGCAGAAGCUAUUCUCCAAGAAUGGUAAAGACAUUACGCAGUGGAACUCAAGCGCAGGAAACUACGCUCUCAUUCACGCCCUGAUCCAGCACAUAUUCUUCGUCCGUCAAGUCGUACGUUGCCGCUUUGAUGGACCUGGAGAACUCAGCCAAGACGACGUGUCGUACCUCGAAAAUGCCCUUAGAAACUGGCAAAUUGGAUGGAAGAAUAAUCCUGAAUCCUCCCUUGAUCCGAUGAGCCCCAAUGGCCCCGUUGCCUUCAACUCCACAGCUCUUCUUCGCUUGGCAUACAUUCGCCUCUACGUGGACACCGCCGGUCGAGCCCUCGACACGAGGGAUCCCGUGUUGAUCGCAAAUGCAUUUCGCGCCGGUCCUGCCAUCCGGCGCUCUCCAAAGAUUACUCGAGCUGUCUUACACUCAGCCCACGCAUUGAGCAUCCCUGUCAAGAUUGGCUACCGACUCGUCGCGAAGACACAAUCGUUUAUUUGGUCUAUACAGCAUUCUUUAUGUACAUUGGAGUGCGCCUACUUGAUGAGCAAGUGGUUGGAAGCAUUGUCUAUACCCAAUCCAGAGCCCGCUGUCACGGAAGACGAGCGCCGGAUCACUUCAAUCGUCAAGAGCAUGCUCGACGAGACAGAGUUUGCCCUUCCGGCUGACGUACCUAUUGACUCACCCGCAUACACCAAGUGUUUGAGUGCUGGAGUCCUCAGGGUCUGGGCCACGAUCUUCAAAGGCGCGCAGACUUGGGCGAUUGUCGACGUCAUCGGCAGUGCUCUGAAUCUAUACGCAGACAUGUUGGAUUCGGGAUGAGUUUCAAGUUUUGGGUCCCAAUGAGAUCACUGUCACAAAUUUGUCUGUUAUCACUGGCCAUCCAACGCCAUAUCUACAACUAGCUUGCCACCACCACCUUUGUGGUAAUCCUCCACCAGUGCGUUCAGCUCUGAAAGAGGAAAUGACUUGGCCACCGCCCGUAUACCGUGUUGUGCCGAGAAGUCGAGCAUCUCACGCAGCGUCUUGUUGCUCCCAACGAGACUGCCUAUGAUUGAGAUGUCUCGGAAAACAAUAUCCCGAGACGAUACGUGGAAACC